AUGUAAAAUCAAGAUGGGGAAUAGGAGGUGUGUAAAUUAACACAUCAUAAUAGGACUUUUAUUUGCACAAAUAUAGAAUGUAUUUAAAAUAAAAGAUAUUAAUUGCAAUGCCACAAAUGUUUAACAUCAUAACAUACAAAUGCAAAAGGAAUUAAUAAAUUUAAAAAUACUAAAACUGUUCGUCAUUUAGAUGAUUUUACAGAAAUAAAAGAUAUUUUAAAUCAUUUAGAAUCAAAAUAUCAAGAAAGAUUUCUUUUUCUUCAAGAGGCAUAAUAAAAAUGUUUUGAUUUUCAAAAAGAGCAAAUAUAAAAAAUUGAAAAAUUCCCCUUUCAUGAUUAAAACUUCAUUAAAUUAGCAAAAGCAGAAGUUGAUAAUCAAAUUCAAAUGUUUGUAAAUGAAUUGGGUUUUCAUUAAAGAAUAUUGAAUGAAGCAAAAUCAUACAAUAAUUAAACAUAAAAAUAUAUCAUGGAGCUUUAUGUAAGGAAUGAUGAAAAAUUUCAUAAUGAUAUAAUUAAUAAAUAAAAGUAACUUUUUGAUAAGAUUAGAACGAAUUUAGCAAAAAAAGGUCUUGAUUUUUAAAAAAUGUUUACAAAGUAUGAAUUAUAUUAUUCUAUUAGUUAAGAAGAGAAAAUAACAUAAGCUGAAGAAAGACUUAAAAAGUUAGAAAAUCCAUAUUCAUCAAAUAAACUCUUUAAAUUUAGUCUUAUUAUUACUCUACUUAUAUUAAUAAGUAAUUAAUUCUCUAUUUUAACAUAAACAAAUUAAAAAUAAAUAUAGAUUAAAGAGUCUAUUCUAAUUGAAUCAGAUAUAAAUUUAAUUAAGGAAUAGUUAUCUGAUUUCCAAUAAGAAAAUAUAAUUAAAAUAGAAGAAAUUAAAAACAUGAUGGAUGAUAAAUUAACUAGUGAAAUAGAAUAUUUAAAAUUAUACAAUUAAAAACUAAAAGUAGAAAUGUUAGAAUUAUAGAAAUAAUUUAAAGAGAUCAUACUUUUAUAAAAUCAAACAAUAACUAUGCUUUCUUAAGAAUUGAAUAAUUUGAAAGAAUAAGUAUCAAAUACUCAAAUAUAAAUUUCUAAUUUUAAUGGUUUAUAAAAAAUAAAUCAAAUAAAUUAAAAAAAAGAGCUAAAUUAUAAUUAAGAUAAUAAAGUAUUGAUAGAUAAAUUUGAUAAUUAUUAUCAUGAAAUUAAUUCUAAAUUCAAUAAUACCAUUUAAGAAGUGAAAUAGUAUGUAGAUCAUAGAAUAUUAUUAAAUAAACAUUUUUUUAAUGCUUAAAGAUAUUUAUUAGGAAAAAUUUAAUUAGAUUACCCAAUAGCAUUGUUACAAGGUUUUACAUUAUAUUUAGAUUAAUAUUUAAAUAAAUCUCUAACCCAUGAAUAAAUUUAUAAUUUGUCUAUUUCUGUAAGUUUAACUGGAAUAGCAUGUUUUGGAGGGAUUUCAGCUUAAAAACCUACUCAUUUUGCUUUAAUGGCUUGCGAUUAUGUAUUUGAAAUCUUCACUGUUACAUCAAAUAGAGAAAAAGCAAGAAAAAGUAGAUCAAGUGAAGAUUUAUUUUGGUAUUUUGUUCCAAGAAUUUCUAUUGGAUUUGCUCCAAAUGAAAAUGUUAAUCUUUAAUUAGCAGAUAAUGUAGAUCCUGAAAAUCCAUACAGAUUUAGUAUGUGGUUGGAUCAUCCUUAAGGAGGUCGAAGAAUUGGUAACUAAACCUCUCUAAUCAACACAACUGAAUAUAAGAUGGCAUUAUAUGUAAUAGAAUGA